GUUGACACAGUCAGUCAACGACAAAGAUAGAAUUGUGUAAUCAUAAUGCUCUACCUCUUUUUCAUUAAUGGAGGACAGUGUAUAAUUACUAUGUACAUAUCUCUACUCAAUUACAGAAAAGAAAAAUCCAUGCGCAUUAUUUUUUUAUUAUUAUCUCAGAAAUGCAGAAAUUGAUCGUCUCUUCCUUUUGCAUAUUGAUACUGGUUUUCUUCAAACUAGUUGGAGCUAGCCAGUAUAUGUGCGCGGAAUCUAACUGUAGCAAUGAUCAAGGCCCGGCUAUCCAUUUCCCAUUGAACAUCAGGCGCACACAUCAUUGUGGAAAUCCUGGGCUUGAAUGCAAUGGGAGACAUGAGCAGCAAAUACUAAUCAAAUUUCUUGUCAAACACAUAGAUUACAAGCGUCAGGAAAUCCAAGUCAAUUUCUCAAGUAACUGCCUGCUGCUAAAGCCUGUUGAAAUCCCAAACAUGCCACCCUCUCCCUUCAACGUGUCAGUCGAUGACAUGAUUAACGUUACCUUAUUCAGUUGUCCUACUUCUGUUGCACGUCUGGAUACUUCGCAAGUCCCCUGCCUCGGCGACCGUGGCAAGAGAACUUAUGCCAUUGAUUCUCGAGACUAUUUUGGGACUUUCGCAAGUCCCCUGCCUCGUACAAAAAUGUAUGAUGUUUUAUCAGUUCCAAUUCCGAUAAUUCCAAUAUUAUCUGAAUAUGAAGUUCCUCCUUUCAAAUGGUCUAUACCAAAUUGCAGAAAAUGUGGAGAGGGAAAGAGGUGUGGAUGGCAGAACAGUGAAAUUAAAUGUCUUCCCUGGAGGAAACCAAGCAACACAUGGAAAAAAGUGCUUACAGGUGGAAUCCUGGGUGCUUUGCUUCUUGUUCUACUGAUGAUUGCAGCAUAUCGGGUAUAUAGCGCUGAUAGAAAGGAGAAAGAGAGUCGAUUAAGAAUUGAAAGAUUCUUGGAGGACUACAAAGCACUCAAACCAAGCAGGUAUUCGUACGCAGAUAUUAAGAGGAUUACAAAUCAAUUCAAGGACAAGUUGGGCGAAGGAGCCUAUGGAACUGUCUUCAAGGGAAUGCUCUCUUCUGAAUUCCUUAUUGCUGUCAAAGUCCUCAACAGUUCCAAGGGAGAUGGGGAAGAGUUCGUAAAUGAAGUGCGAACGAUGGGUCAUAUCCACCAUGUCAACGUGGCUCGCUUGGUUGGAUUUUGUGCUGAUGGAUUUGCACGAGCUCUUGUUUACGAGUUCUUCCCCAAUGGUUCCCUGCAGGAUUUCAUUUCAUCUGCAGAUAGUAAGAAUUCAUUUCUUGGUUGGGAUAAGCUGCAAGAUAUUGCCCUAGGCAUAGCCAAAGGAAUUGAAUAUCUUCACCAGGGAUGCGAUCUACGAAUCCUGCAUUUCGACAUCAAACCCCAUAAUGUUUUGCUAGACCAAAACUUCACUCCAAAAAUUUCUGAUUUUGGUUUGGCCAAGUUAUGUUCCAAGGAUCAAAGCUUGGUGUCCAUGACUACAGCUAAGGGGACCAUGGGCUACAUUGCACCCGAAGUGUUCUCCAGGAAUUUUGGAAAUGUGUCUUACAAGGCAGAUGUCUAUAGCUAUGGAAUGCUGCUACUUGAGAUGGUAGGAGGAAGGAAGAAUAUUGGUUCAAUCACGGAUAACACUACAAAUGAAAUUUACUAUCCACAGUGGAUUUAUAAUCUUCUAGAGGAAGGGGAUGACCUACGAAUCCAUAUUGGAGAAGAAGGAGAUGGUAAAAUUCCAAAGAAACUUGCAAUUAUAGGGCUAUGGUGUAUCCAGUGGCACCCGUCGGAUCGUCCUUCCAUGAAAACAGCUGUUCAGAUGUUGCAAGGAGGAGGAGAAAGCUUGAGUAUGCCACCUAAUCCCUUUGUGCCUACUGGUCCUACAUCUAGAAAUGCUAGACGCCUAGAGCUAGAAGCUAUUGCUGAAUUAGAGUAAAAUGUAUAUGCAAAUAUGUAGACGUAUAGUAAUAUUUACAUUGAAUAAGGGGAUCGUUUGAUAACCAUUUUGUUUUCAGUUUUCAUUUUUUACUUUUUUGAAAACUGAAAACUAAAAUCUUGUUUGGUAAAUACUCUCAGUUAAAAUAAAAAAUAAAGACUGAGAACUAAAAAGUGAAAACUCAAAGGAAGUAGAUUAAAAGUAGUUACCAAACAAAUCGGAAUCUCAAUAAGAAAAAAAGAUUGAAUUGCACAACGCAAUCCAAAUCAAUCAAAACAUUAACAUAGUAAAAUUGAACAGAUUCGAUGAAAAAACAAAAAAUUGUCAGAUAAAAAUAAGGAUAAAGUAAAAUAUUUAUAAAUAGCUCAUUGUCUCUUAUGUCAUCCAUUAUUUCUAUAGUAUAUAUAGAUUUUCGGAAAAAUUAGGUUCUUAUCCCUUAUUUUCAUAUUACAUUAAUUGAAACCUAAUUAUUUUUCUAUUUUAGAUCAAGGUCCCUUGACUUAUUCUAUGCCAUCAUUUUAGUAUUUAAAAUAUUACAUGUCAUCAUAAAUGAAAUCUCAUCACUUUCUGCAUUUAAGGCAAAAUAAACUAUAUGAGUAAGUUUAAAACAAGGAAAAUCCAUUUGAACUCCUCCAUUCUUCUUAUUCCCUUAUGCACAUCCGGAAUCUACAACACCAAACCCAAUUUUCUCCAUUUUUUCUCCAUUCCUGAAUUGAUCCAAUGCAUAUAUGUUGAAUAAACCUAUUGUGAUUACAAUACAAAUUAGCAUCAAUGGUUUUGUCGGCCUGUGAGAUUUGUGUGGCAUAGGCAAGGCAAUGCAGGCAUCGCUUUCUCAAAGAAUCUGGUUAAUUCAAACAUGCAGAGAUUGUAGAGUGAGCGGGCUAUGUCAAAACUGUACCAUUCUGAAGUCAUCUUCUCUUGUUCUUUAUAUUUUUCCUUUUCCUUUUAUUAUUAUAUAUUAGUCUUGAUUAUUCAAUGUCUGGUUGGCUAUACUUAUAUCCACUACAAUAGUUUGGGUCUUUUACGACUUGAAAUAUACGACGUAUAAUAUUGAUAUGCCUUAAAUGAUAUUAUUCAUGACAUUUAUAAAGAUCAUGUCGUAAUACUUAUGCAUAAUCUGUCAUUCACAGCGUUACUUUUGUGCAAGUUGUAAAUAAAAUUAUUCAUGACUUAAACGUUGUGUAUCGUAUUUGACAAUUUAUACGACGCACCUUUUUUUUUAAUUUUUUUUUUUAAGGCUUUACGUUAUGUUAUAACGUGGACUUUCUAUAUAUUUGGGUUGGUACCUUUUAUGGCGCAAAUAACACGUCGUAAACAAUGGCACAGAAGUUUGUGGUAAAGAAGCCCGCGCACAAAUUCAUUCUCGCGCCUUCCCUUUUUUAUUUAGCCGCUUCUUUUUUUGGGUUAUUUAUUAUUUUUUUUUUCAAAUUUCCCUCAAAUCUUAAAAGGUUUGUAUUUUCUUGGUAAACUUGAAAGAGAAUCAUUGCAUUUUCAUGUACCCAAUAUUAAUUGUCGAGAGCCCACCCCCUUUCCUUCUCUCUGACAUCGUAACUCUCUCCUCUCCAUCGAUCUCGCUCCACCUGCUCGCCGUCGCUCUAUAUGCUCGUCAUCGCCGUCGAUUCGUCUACUCGUCGUCCCGUCGCCCGUCUGCUUUCCGUCACCGUCGAAGUGCCCCGCCAUUAAAGAACUGAAAUCCCCAAUACAGGGUGCUUUUCGGCAUUUCGUUCUCCAAAACUUUAGCAAACUGGUGGGUGCCCUGAGAUGACUAGUUAUCUACAAAGUGGUAAUCCACGAAGUGGAUGGAUCCUGAACCGUACAAAGUCUAACUCAUUUUAUAUAAAGAUUACAAGCGUCAGGAAAUCCAAGUGUGUAUCCCCCAAGUAACUGCCUGCUGUUAAAGCCUGUCGAAAUCACAAACAUAGAUUACAAGCGUCAGGAAAUCCUAGUGUCUCCCCCAAGUAACCACUUGUCAUAUUCUCUCAUCAGAAACUUUACCUUAUUCAGUUAUCCUACUUCUGUUGCAAGAGAUACAUAUGGGUAUCAAGUCCCCUGCCUCGGCGACCCUGGCAGCAGAAUUUAUACCAUUCAUUCUGCAUAUCAAUUGGAAGAUCUCAUCCCGGAUCUAUGAUCUUGUUCAAAGAUGUAUGAUGUUUUAUCAGUUCCAUUAGGUGGGUGGGUGGGUAAUGGCUAUUUUCUUCAAUUCAAAUGGUCGAAACCAAAUUGUACAGAAUGUGAAGCAGAGGGAAAGAUGUGUAGAUGGAAGAACAAUGGUACCAACAGUGAAAUUGAUUGUCAAGACGUGAGGUAACCAAGCAACACAUGGAAAUUAGUGGUUACAGGUGGAAUCCUGGGUGCUUUGCUUCUUGUUCUACUGAUGAUUGCAGCAUACCGGGUAUAUAGCGCUGAUAGGAAGGAAAAAGAGUCGAUUAAGAAUUGAAAGAUUCUUGGAGGACUACACAGCACUCAAACCAAGCAGGUAUUCGUACGCAGAUAUUAAGAGGAUUACAAAUCAAUUCAAGGACAAGUUGGGCGAAGGAGCCUAUGGAACUGUCCUCAAAGGAAUGCUCUCUUCUGGAUUCUUUAUUGCUGUCAAAGUCCUCAACAGUUCCAAGGGAGAUGGGGAAGAGUACGUAAUGAAGUGCGAACGAUGGGUCAUAUCCACCACGUCAACAUGGCUCGCCUGGUUGGAUUUUGUGCUGAUGGAUUUGUACGAGCUCUUGUUUACGAGUUCUUCCCCAAUGGUUCCCUGCAGGAUUUCAUUUCAUCUACAGAUAGUAAGAAUUCAUUUCUUGGUUGGGAUAAGCUGCAAGAUAUUGCCCUAGGCAUAGCCAAAGGAAUUGAUUAUCUUCACCAAGGAUGCGAUAUACGAAUCCUGUAUUUCGACAUCAAACCCCAUAAUGUUUUGCUAGACCAAAACUUCACUCCAAAAAUUUCUGAUAUUGGUUUGGCCAAGUUAUGUUCCAAGGAUCAAAGCUUGGUGUUCAUGACUACUGAACCAUGGGCUACAUUGCACCUGAAGUGUUCUCCAAGAAUGUCGGAAAUGUGUCUUACAAGGCAGAUGCCUAUAAUUUUGGAAUGCUGCUGCUUGAGAUGGUAGGAGGAAGGAAGAGUAUUGGUUCAAUCACAGAUAACACUACAAAUGAAAUUUACUAUCCACAGUGGAUUUAUAAUCUUCUAGAGGAAGGGGAAUGACCUACGAAUCCAUAUUGGGGAAGAAGGAGAUGGUAAAAUUCCAAAGAAACUUGCAAGAGGAGGAGAAAGCUUUAGUACGCCGCCUAAUCCCUUUGUGCCUACUGGUCCUACAACUAGAAAUGCAAGACGCCUAGAGCUAGAAGCUAUUGCUGAAUUAGAGUAAAAUGUAUAUGCAAAUAUGUAGACAUAUAGUAAUAUUUACAUUGAAUAAGGGGCCGUUUGAUAACCA